CAUAUAUUUGCUUAUUUUAGGGCAUGAUAUCCACUUCCAUGAUAAGAAGAUUGCUUUACUGGAAGCUGGUCCUAGGAAAGAAUAUGAUCGCAUGCCGGACAGUUACAGUAACAGGGUCAGUUCCAUCUCCCCAGGAUCAGCAACCCUCCUAAGCAGUUUUGGUGCCUGGGAUCAAGUCUGCAGCCUGAGACUCAAACCGUUCCGGCGAAUGCAGGUGUGGGAUGCUUGUUCAGAAGCCAUGAUCGUUUUUGAGAAAGAUGACUUAGAUGACAUGGGUUACAUAGUGGAGAAUGAUGUCAUUAUGUCUGCUCUCACAAAACAGUUAGAUGCAGUAGCAGACCGGGUGGAGGUUUUCUACAGGAGCAGAGCAGUCGGGUAUACCUGGCCCCUUCCCUCUCACAGCUGUGACACAAGCCCUUGGGUCCAAAUUGAGUUAGCUGAUGGACGCAGACUUCAGACCAAACUACUGAUUGGUGCGGAUGGUCAUAACUCUGUAGUCCGGAAGGAAGCUGAAAUUAAGAACAUCGAGCAUCGGUAUGACCAGUCAGCUGUGGUGGCAACUCUUCAUUUGUCUGAGGCCACAGACAAUAAUGUAGCAUGGCAGAGGUUCCUUCCCACAGGGCCAAUUGCACUUCUUCCGCUGUCUGACACUGCCAGCUCUCUGGUCUGGUCUACAUCUCAUGAACAUGCAUCGGAACUUCUCGCUAUGGAUGAGGAAAGUUUUGUUGGUAGCAUCAACUCUGCCUUUUGGAGCAACGUAAACCACUCUGACUUCAUUGAUGCUGCUGGGGCCAUGUUUCGAUCUGCUAUUUCACUCCUGAAGCCCUCGGGGACUGCAGUCCGUCAGCUGCCCCCAAGCAUUGCUAAAGUAGAUCCAGAGAGCCGAGCCAUGUUCCCUCUUGGACUGGGGCAUGCGACAGAGUAUGUCCGGCACCGUGUGGCUCUUAUUGGGGAUGCAGCACACAGAGUCCACCCACUUGCAGGACAAGGUGUAAACCUGGGCUUUGGUGAUAUUGCGUGUUUAGCUCAUCACCUCAGUGCAGCAGCCUUCAAUGGGAGCGAUCUGGGCUCCUUGAAACAUCUCUUAAAGUUUGAGACAGAACGCCAGAGGCACAAUGUCUCCUUGAUAGCUGCUACUGAUGUGCUAAAGAGGCUUUACUCCACGAGGCUGACUCCCUUGGUGUUGCUGAGGACCUGGGGAUUGCAAGCAACAAAUGCCCUGCCUCCUGUCAAAGAGCAAAUCGUGGCUUUUGCCAGCAAGUGAUCUGUUGUCGGUUUGGAACAGCAGCUUGCCAGUGAAUGCAUUGCCUUUAUGUGACUGACGU